AAGGAACCAGACCAGAACAUAGCCAGAAGGUUUUUCUCUUUGAACCUUAGCAGAAACAAACUCACUCCAUGAAAAUGGAGAGUUGUUCCCUGCAGUCAUCUACUAUACCCACCAUACCCGCUUCUCUAACCAAAACUGGUUUCCUUGAUAAAGCUUCUGCACAUGGUCAGGUCCUCAGAUUCCCCAGUUUCAAUAAGCAUCCACAUGCCAGAAAGAUUAAAACUUUUGACAUCAAAGCUCAAGCCUCAGUUGUUACCAAAUUCAGCUCUGGGGCAGUUGAGGCAGUUCCAAAGGAAACAGAUACUAAAGAUGAUAAUCUUGUAUUUGUUGCUGGUGCUACUGGCAGAGUUGGGUCAAGGACAGUGAGAGAGCUUCUCAAACUUGGGUUCCAAGUUAGAGCAGGAGUCAGAAGUUCUCAGAAAGUACAAACUCUUGUUCAGAGUGUUAAGCAAAUGAAACUUGAUGGCGAGGGAGCUCAGCCCGUAGAGAAGCUUGAAGUGGUAGAAUGUGAUUUAGAGAAACCAAAUCAGAUUGCAUCAGCAUUGGGCAAUGCAUCUAUUGUCAUCUGCUGCAUUGGAGCUAGUGAGAAGGAGGUAUUUGACAUUACAGGACCUUACCGGAUUGAUUAUCAGGCCACCAAGAACCUCAUUGAUGCAGCAACUGCUGCAAAAGUUAAACAUUUUAUUAUGGUUUCAUCAUUGGGAACAAACAAAGUUGGAUUUCCUGCAGCUAUUCUAAAUUUGUUUUGGGGUGUCCUAAUUUGGAAGAGAAAAGCAGAAGAAGCUCUCAUAGCCAGUGGCAUUCCUUACACUAUAGUGAGACCUGGAGGAAUGGAGCGUCCCACUGAUGCGUACAAAGAAACACAUAAUAUUACUUUAUCAGAGGAAGACACUUUAUUUGGUGGCCAAGUGUCAACUCUUCAGGUGGCUGAACUCAUGGCAGUGAUGGCUAAAAACCGUGGACUUUCCUACUGUAAAGUGGUGGAAGUAAUUGCAGAGACAACUGCACCCUUGAAUCCAAUGGAUGAGCUUCUUAAAAGAAUACCAUCUCAGCGUGUUUUACCAAAGGAGCAGGAUGCCGCUAAGGAGCCUGCUGCUGUGGCUCCUAAGGAGGUUGCAGAAGCUCCAAGUCCAAGUUCUCCUUCUUCCAUAGAGAAGGAACCUCAACAAGUAACAGUGACUAGACCACUCUCUCCUUAUUAUGCUUAUGAUGAUUUAAAACCACCCACUUCUCCUACUCCAACUCCACCUAUUGGUCAGAAAGAAAGCGGCAGUCCCGUAGGUACCAUCUCAAAGCCUGCCAGUGCUGAUGCUCAAACAAGCUCACCAGAGGUGGGAGCUGGUGUAUCUGAGGAAAAACCGGCCCAGGUUGAAGGGAAGAUCAGACAGCCUCUUUCUCCAUAUGCUGCUUAUGAGGAUUUGAAGCCGCCUAGCUCUCCGAGCCCAGUACCAAGUGGUCCCAAAGAAAUAGUUUCUGGAGUGUUACCACCAGUAGAAGCUGAACCACCUGCAACUGGAGGCAAUAAUGAUGCAGCAAAUUUUACAACUAGUAGUGUGGCUGAGAAGAAUCCUCCCCUGGAUUUGACUUCUGGUCCUUCACCAUACCCUGUAUACAAUGAUCUCAAACCACCAACUUCCCCAUCUCCCACUACGCCAGGGGAAUCACUCCCAACAUCUUCCACGAAUGGAGAAUCUAACAUGGUCAACAAUGGACCUCCGACAGUACCAAAAGAUGAGCAGCAAAAGACAGAACCAAAGCCACGACCACUUUCACCUUAUGCCAUGUAUGAAGACAUGAAGCCGCCAACUUCUCCAUCGCCAUCACCAAGGACAUAGUAUUGAAACAACUGCAUAUCCAGAGGAACAAAAAGAGAGAAAAAGCCAAAACAUUUCAAAUCACAUUGUCGAUCUCGAUGUUGUUCUUGGGAUGGAUUCACUCAGCAACUGUGGUUGUAACUUAUGAAGAGGCUGGCAACUUGACUUGCGGCUGCAAGUUCUAUGAAUAUUUUCUUGCUGUAUAAUUUCAACAAGUUUUUGUAAUUCAAUUCAUUUGUUUUGUGCUGACAAGAUGUGAAAGAGUAAAUUCCAUUUGAUUUCCAAAUGAAUAUAAGCAUCAUUAUAUCUUGAAAGAA